GCGCUGGCUGCUCUUGAUACGGCCGACGUUGAUGAACUGGACAUGUCAGAAAUUCCACCAUCUCCUCCUCCUUACCGCAAAGAGACUUCUGUGUCCGCAAUUGCUACACAGCCCAAGCCAGCUACCUUCUUGGACGGACUUCAAAGUCCGGCUAUCCGUGAUGCUAAGGCUGGACGGCCAAUCGCAGUGGCUGAACUUCCCUCCACGCCAGACAUGCCGCCGUUACCACCUCAAAAGCCUGUAGCAGUUCCCAAAGGACCUGCUCCCGGAAGUAUAGGCUUCGACAAGAUGAUCGCUGCUGCAAGAGCUGGUUUACCUGUUUCAAUCAGAUCUACCCCAGUUCCUCCCCAAGCAACGACAUCGCAGACAACCCUUCAGCCGAAAAUUGUCUCCGCAGGAUCAAGCACAACAGGAGUUGAAGGCCGUGGUGAAGCGUUAGCGUUGAUGGAAAAAGCUUUAAUUGAGCAGGUGCAGCUGGCCGAAAAUAGUCGUAUGCGAUUUACGAGAUUAGGAGAUGUGGGCAAAAUUCAUUCCAGGAGUCAACUAUUAGAAGAGUGA